GCGACGUCGACUGCCACCGCUGGCGCCGGCGGCAACCUGGACCUCACCGUCCUCCAGUUCGCCUUGACUCUCGAGCACCUCGAGGACGUCUUCUACCAGGGCGCGCUCCAAAACUUCACCCUCCAGGACUUCAACAACGCCGGCUACUCUCAGGACUACUACCACAACCUGAAGUACAUUGCGUACGACGAGCAGACCCACGUCCAGGUCCUCGAGACGCUCAUCAAAGCCGCCGGCGGCACCCCCAACGCCCCGUGCACUUACGACUUCCCCUACACCAACGUGAAGAGCUUCAUCACGCUCUCCGGCAUCCUGGAGAACGUUGGCACCAGCGCCUACCUCGGCGCCGCCCCCUUGAUCACCGGUGCUGACUACCUCACCGACGCCGGCGCCAUCCUUGCCGUCGAGGCCCUCCACACCUCUUACCAGAGAGCCGCCAUUGGCGAAGUCCCCAACGCCAACCCCUUCCAGACCCCCCUGGACCCCACCUCGGCCUACACCCUUGCUUCCAUGUUCAUCGUCAGCUGCCCCAAGGGUAACACCAAGCUCCCCGGCGGAUGGCCCAACCCGGGCAACAACAACGCCGCCGCCCCCGUCCAGCAAGGCGCUACCAUCACCCUGACCUCCGCCGCCAAGAUCCCCGCCGGCUCCUACGUCACCUUCAUCAGCGGCCUCACCGUCACCUCCGUCAAGGGCAACGUCAACGGCAAGUCCAUCUCCGUCAAGAUCCCCACCGGUCUCUCCGGCCAGAGCUACGCCUUCGUGACCAACCAGGAUGUCGAGGGCACCUUCAACGACAAGGCCGUCAUCGCCGGCCCGGCCGUCGUUGAGGUC